AUGGCUCUCAGAAAAGAGAAAAGAACCAAGAACAACUUGAAACCAUUAAAGAACUAUCCAAAGCAAAAAAUCAUUGAAGACAAACAUUCUUCUGAAUCUGUUUAUCCUUCUACCUCAUUUCUAAUUACUGGCGCUCAUACUGAUUUACCAACUGUUGAAGAAACUAUAGUUCAUCCAGAUAUUUCCUCUAAGAUAACUUCUGAUACUGAAAAUGAAAGCUUUGAUGAUUCCUUGGACAAAGACUACAGUCCUUCAGAUUCAUCGACAGAUUCAGACAAAAUUGAACAGACAUCAAAAUGCAAACGAAAUAAAAAACCACAAACAGAUCAAUGGCAAAUGAAUGUAAGUAAAAGUAAAAGGUUGAAAGGAGAAAGUCAUAUCAGUAGACGAGGAAAAAUCAGACAAGUGAAGAAUAUGAAACCAAGGAAAAGUGCACCCUAUAAAGAUAAAAGGUUUCUGGAACCAAGUAAAAAAGUGAUCAAUCUUCAUGAAACUUAUCUUAAAGAUGCCGAAGAUGUAGGUAAGAUGGCAGUUGGUUUCACGUACUUUAAAAAUAUGUUUUGUAAACUCAAUCUGUCUGUAUUUAAACCAAAGAAAGACCAGUGUGACCUGUGUGUUUCUGCAAAAAUGGGCCAUGUAACACCAACUGAACACCAAAAUCACUUAGCUGCCAAAGACCUGGCUCAAGGGGAGAAAGCAUCUGACAAAUUACGGGCUGCAGAUGACUCUAGUGUUUCCGUUUGGACAAUGGAUACACAGGGAGUAUUAUUUUGCCCAAAUACUACAGCUAGUGCUUUAUAUUAUAGAACCAAACUACAAGUACACAAUUUUACACUGCAUAACAUGACCACAAACAACGGAUAUUGCUAUAUUUGGGAUGAAUUAGAGGGAGAUCUUUCUAGUGAAGUUUUUACUUCCAUUCAGUUUCAACAUUUUCAAACCUUCUUGAAGAAUAAUCCACAAGUCAAGGAAUUAAUCAUUUGGAGUGAUGGUUGUUCUUACCAAAACAAAAACAAUACUUUAGCUAAUGCUUACCUUCAACUCUCAAUUGAAACCGGGAUCCGUAUAUUCCAGAAGUACCUGGUUGUUGGCAAACAGUGA